CUACUGACUGAGUGUGUGGGUGGGCCUGGGCUCAGUAGCACUGACUUGGUCACACGGGCAAGCCACUCCACGCUCCACUCCACUCCCGCCCGCACGAGAGCAGCAGCAGGAGCGGCGGCCUACUCACCGGCGCGGACGCCGGACGGAAAAUCGAUCCCGGCGCGGUCUGUCUGGACUGAUGGCAGAAGAGAAGAAACCACACCCGCAGCCACCACCGUCAUGGUCAGCCCUCCGGCUGGACCUAGCAGGAUUGGUGCUCAGCCUGCUCCCCGUGUACGCCGACUGCGCCUGCUUUGCCGCGGUGUGCCCGCAGUGGCGUGCCGCCGCGAGGCAGCUCCAGCUGCCACCGCUGCCGCUGCUGGCACUCCCCGACGGCACCUUCUACAGCCUCAUGUACGACAAGCCCUUCCACUUCCCUGGUUGUGGCUUCUCAGGGUACGAGAAUGUGUGUGGCAGCUGGCUCAUCUUCUCACGCGAUGACGGUUGCUUCAUGGUCAACCCCUUCUCCAGGGCCACCGUGACGCUCCCUGCUCUCUCAAGUGUACGACUCCGGCCUCCGAAUGCGUCUGCUAAAUCUAAAUGGGCAGAGGGCGGAAGCGUAGAAUCUGCUAACCUCUACAUCACAUGGAUGCGUAUCAAUGAAGCAGACAACCUGCGCAUAAGUAAGCUAAUCCUGUGCUCGCCAAAUCUCGUUGCUGCACUAGUUGGCAUUGGACCCAUCAGUCAGAUUCUAAUGUGCCAGCCAGGGGCCUUGUCGUGGUCAGUGCGUGCGUAUGAUCGGAUCGAGGAUUUCCAAGACAUGUCAUUCUACCAGGGCAAGCUGUACGCCAUUGCCAAGGACGAGAACCUCCUUGUGGUGAACAUCAGCCAGGACCAUAGCACCGGCGAUCCACAGGUUUCUCGGAUUGGACGAGUCAUCGAGGGUGAUUGUCCUACAUGGUAUGAUGCUGUAUUCGAGGACAACAGUUCGGCCUGCAAGAAGCUCUACCUGGUUGAAUCGCGUGGGAUGUUGCUGAUGGUACGCAGGACGAUUUGGUGUCAGUUUCCUGAACCUGGAGGGGACGGUAAAAUUAUGGGCGGACAGAAUGAGUUUGAGGUUUUUGAGGCUGACUUUGAGCAUUCACGGUGGGUCAAGGUGUCGACCGUGGGGGAUGACCAAGUGCUGUUUCUGGGGCGAAGGUGCUCGAGGUCCAUGUCCGUGUCGCAGUACGGGUUGCCGGGCGAUCGCAUCUUCUUCUUGGAUGAUGAUGAGGAUAAUCGCCUAGACUAUGCCUAUGAUGAGGAGAAGACUUCUUUCGGCGUCUAUUCCAUGAGAUUCCGCAGCAUCGGUUCCGGUGAUCCAAAUAUUUCCUGGAAGCGGUGCGCUGAGAUGUAUCUGGCAGCAUGGCUCUUCCCUCAGGACCGUUGAGAGGUUGUUAUACUGUUAGCCGCCCGUUAUCGCUAUGCAAGCUGCUCCCUGUAGGUUAUCUGACCAUGCUAUGGUUGUUGUUGUUGUAGUUCUGUGGUUAUUCUGCAAGCCGGGAAUGCGUUAGUAUAAAUUAUCUGAACUUGGUUACUCUGUGUAAGUGGAGUGCAUCAGUACCUGUAUGAACUUAUUGUGGUCGUCACUACUACUACUAUGGAAGCUAGCUGUUAUCUGCA